AUGGCCAACUUACAAAUAUUUACUCCCAUACUGCCCUACGUAGGACGUUUGCCGGGAGAGUUACGAUAUGGUUCCAGAAUUAAAUUACGAGGUCACUUCCGCGAGCCCCAGAACACGAUACACAUCAUACUGCAAAAGGAAGCCUUGCUGAAUCCUCAGGAUGACCUACCACUGUACAUCACGGUUCAUCCUGGCCGGAAGGAAAUCGUCCGUAAUCAUCUUUGCAGCGAUUGUUCCACUGGGCAAGAGGAACGCGUCGACAACUGUCCGAUCGAGUGUGGUCAGGAUUUUGAGCUCACUGUUGUGCCCUCCAGCAGUGGGUACGAAAUACUCCUGCACGGUACACCGCUGCACACGUUCAGCUAUCGAACACCGCUCACAACUGCCCGCUAUCUGUUCGUCUCCAGUGGUUGUGUAAUAUUUGCAAUUAGCUAUGAAAAUUGGAAUGUGACCACGAGUGAGCAACCGCACCGGCCACAAACACCAUCAGCACCACCACUGCAAUUGCCCCAGCUUUACCCAAUAUUGCAUCAACAACGGGAACCACAACAACAACAACACCAACAGCAACAGCAACGAUCUAUACAAGCACCACAGCAGCCACCUCAACGACCACAUCAUCACCAUGGCAACAAUCUCCAGGAGCUUGUUCUGCAGGUGUUACCGCUUGUGCAGCUGGCAGCAUCUCAGCUGCAAGCAAAUGCGCACAAUGCGCCCGCCACCGGUAGCGAUGGUAACGGGUUGAGGUUUGCCAACAAUCUUGCUCACCUUCUGCCACUGUUCCAACCGGCCGUCGAACAACGCAAGAGGCGCGUCAAAACGCAAAGAACAAAUCGGUGGCCCAUCCUGCGAAUGAACAAUGCCGAAAUUAUGCCGGCAAUGGUUCUGACAUGUUCGAUGGGGCUGAUGAAACUUUUUCGAUUCCUGAUAAUUGCCUGCGUUUUCGGGUAUAUUGGAUAUGUAUUCUCCAGAAACACACCGUUGAAUGUGUCAUGGAAAUAA